AUACAUGUGCGUCACUGGCCAAUGAACUAAAUGUUUACGAAUAAGAAGACAAUCUGGAUUUGGAAUUUCGGAAUUUGGCGCGUGCACAUUUUGGCAUUGUAGUGUGCCUUGUUGAACAAAUCCUCUUUGUGCAAUUAAUUGAUACUAAAAAGAAAAAGUAAUAACCAUAGUAGGAACACGGUCGCGUCAUGCAUCGUAAUACCUUUACAACGGAGCGGCGCUUUAGCUUAAACACAACUUCACCCCACUUGACGAACCCAAUUGCCGAGUCGACAUGCAUUAACGGCACGCCAAUACACAGGCGGCCGCCACUUUUUAACGGGCUUAGUCCAAAACAACGUAGCAGCUCAAUUCCGUGCUUGUCGCCGCCCAAGAGUUCGACCACACCUAAAACCAAGGCCGACCAAAGUCUGCUGCGCCAGAUGUCAUCGCAUUCAAUAUCGCGGCAAAAACUGAAUCUCAGUCAAAUUGAUCCAACGAUCUAUGCGGACAUUAACAGUAGUGGUUUAGCCUCGCGCGUUGUAAAGUACCAUGAUGGAAACGGGCGCAAUUUACAUCGCAGCUUAUCGGCAAGGAAUUUGUACAACAGACCGGUUCAGUCAUCACCUUCACAGAAAUUGCAUUCUCCGUUGCCCUACAAAACCAGUAUUCCCAAAGUUCCGAUGACACGAAUAGCGCCACCGGAGCGAAGUUUCUACUGUGGCAAUACAUUGCCUAGUUUGCUGCGAUCAAACUCGAUGAUCGGCCUGCCAAAGACCUGUGAGGAGCUUUCGCGGGAAAAUCGACCAAUAAUGCAUCCGCCGCCACAAGAGAGCGAACCAACGCGAAGUGUGCUCGACGCGCUAAAGGAGAUAUCACGCAAACGUAUCAACACAAAUGACCUCCAGCACCAGGAGCAGUCGAAGAAAAGCUGCAAUCGUGCAAUUGAUUUUGCAGAUGGUUUAGAUAGAACAUCUCAGCAGCAGCCUCUAAUGCAUCACCAUCCCCCUCAUCAUCUCUACCAUAUUGCGCAACCGUCAAGCUUUAAGCGACAACGUGAACUGAGUGUUACUGUUCCGCUCCAUCCCAAAUACUCACAGGCGCAGCAGCAACCAUUGCAAUCAGUCUAUAGUGCUUCAUCGCCACAAAAGUCACCCGAACAGCUUGCCAAGCGUCGCAAUUGCAGCUACAAUAAUGAUAUCGCCAGCUCCUUGAGCUCCAGCCGCUUGCAUACUCACAAACGCAAGCUCUACGACAUACGCGCGCGAGUAAACAACACUAUCAGCAAUGGCUAUGCAAGCAAUGCCACGGAUAUGGCCAACGACUCGACUGCAUCGGUCACCAGCAGCAGUGGCAGCAAUUCUCCCGAAAAUUCGCUCAGCGACCGUCAUGCUGCGAAGAUUCAGCGUAAACAAACGACGGCAGACUUAAGGCUUGAGCAGCUAGGCAAAUCAUUGAGUUGCCACACACCCAUAACACCAUUGCCGGAGACACCCUACACCCAGGAGCAGACAACGGCAGCCGCUCCAGCACAUCGCUCCAUCUCAGAGCCAUCACAAGACCCGAGCAAAGCACAGCAGACAGCAGAAACACGGCCGAAACCCAAAUUAACACUCUUCAAUGCGCAGCAACGGCAACAUGGAGUGCAGGCACAACAGGAGCCACAAAAAGACUUGAAGAGUCCCGAUGUGGAAUCCGGUGAAUAUUCUGGCAUACAAUUUGUCAAACCCAAGCAGCAAAACUCGAUGAGUGGUUCGAAAAAUCUGAGCAUUGAGCGGACGCACAAAACGAAGUUGGCGCUUAUGUUGAGCAGCUUGCGUGGUGAGAUCUAUCAGGGUGAACCACUGGCGGAUGAGUUCGAUGGCGCAAACUCCAGCAUGACAUCGCCACCAACAGCACCAGUAACUUUAUCAUCGCCUAUUAAGCCCAUUUUGGGCAAAAGCACGGAACAGACGAGUGCUGCCACAACGGAACAAACCGUCAAAACAACGACGACGUCUGCAUUGCCAACCAAGCCGGUUAUAUUGAAUGUGGUGACAAGUUCGCCACCGGCAGAUAAAUCUGCAGCUUCGACUAACACAACAUCCACAACUACCACACAGCCAAUGUUUACGUUCAAAACGCCACCCAAUCCCGCCGCCAAAUCCAAAAAUGAAGAACCCAAUCCAAGCACCAGUGGAUCUGGCGGCAUAUUAUCAUUCAAGCUGGGAAGCUCAACUGAGAUAGCGACUACAACGUCAGUUGCUGCAGAGGCCGCCGACACAGCCAACAAAUCGGCAAGUUUAACAACCACUACAGGCACAAUAAUGUCAUUCAUAAACCCUGUGACAGCAACAACAAAAUCAACAACUGUCACUCAAGAAAAUAACAUUUCAACAACCACUUCGGCACAAUCCGAGGAAAAUUCUGGUCAAACCACGUCCACUUCGCUGUCAAGCAUGGUCCCCGGUAUACAAACAGCAGCUCCCGCAGCUGCUCCCAAACCCCUUUUUGCUUUUGGUCAAACAAGUGUGGCGACAUUUGGAGCUGCAGCCACCAGCAGUGCAACAACAACGACGACCGCAACAACCUCUACAACAUUGCCCAAAUCUACCUUUACAUUCGGCAAUCCCUCCACAUCGACAACACCUACGACGGCGGCGGCGGCUCCUGGAUUCGGCGGUGGAACCGCUGUGUUUUCUUUUGGCAAGCCUGCUGCGCAGACAACAACAGCAGCAGCAGCGACAACAGCAACAACCACAAUUACUAGCUUAGGCGCAAGCACAUUCAGUUUUGGGAAACCGACAACUACCACUGAAACAAUGGCGCCGGCCCCCACUACUGCCCCUGUUUUCGGCAGUCAGCCAACAAGCACGUUUAACUUCAAGUCACCUACAGUAACAACAAGUGCUGCAGCGGCAACCACAGAGUCCAAGCCAGCGUUUGGAUUUGUAAGCAGCACCAACGUCGGCUUUGGUACGCCCAAUACAACAACCACCACAACAACAAUGCCAACGGCAACACCAACCACCUUUGGUAGCGGUUCUUUUAAGACUCUGCCAGAGCCAGCGAAGACAUUCAACUUCAAUGCACCACCGAACGCGACAACAGUUGCCGCUGCUGCGCCAUCAAGCACCACUGCAGCGGCAACCAGCAGCAACAGCAAUCUAUUCUCUUUUGGCAACAGCGCGAAAACGGAAACAACAACGGCGCAGGCAACGCCAAGUAUUUUCUCAUUUGGUCAGACGCCUGCAACUACCACAACAGCCACUCCAUUUGCAUUUGGAACGCCUGCGGUAGGCGAUAGCAAGAAUAAUGGGUCAAGCGGGACACCAGCAGCCUUUUCAUUUUCCUCAGGAGCCACCAGCAGUACGAAUACGGACAAUAACAAGCCAAGUGGCACACAAGCGGCUUUUGCAUUUGGCUCAGUUGGUGAGGUUGGCAAGGAUAACAAAGCACCUUUUUCUUUUGGCUCAGCAGCAACUGCCAGCAAGACGUCAGUCGAUGGCAACGAUAACAAAUCACAUUUCGCAUUUGGAUCUGCAGUGCCCAGCAAUCUAACUUCAGUUGAUAACAAGGAUAACAAAUCUCCAUUUGCAUUUGGCUCGGGAACAAACUCGGCUAAUAAUAAACCAGCCUUUGCUUUUGGCACAGGAUCGACUACCAGCGGCACCACUUCAGUCGAUAGUGCAGCAAAACCUAGUAACAAUAUAUUCAGCUUUGGUGGCGCCACCACAUCAUCUACUGCAACUAAUUCCAAUGGCAACAAUCAAGCGAAUCCUUCACUUUUUGGCGCCACCACAUCAUCAACCGCAACUAAUUCCAAUGGCAACAAUCAAGCGAAUCCUUCACUUUUUGGCGCCACAUCAAUAAACAACAACGCUAGCAACAACAACAACACCAGCAACAGCAGUCCCUUUAGCUUUGGUGGCGUGCAGAAACCAACGCCAAUCUUUGGCGCUGCCACUGCUCAGGAGCCCGCCAAGCCCUUCAGCUUUGGUGGCACAGCUGCAACUACACAGUCCAAUAUACAAAGUCAGCCCAACACUAAUGGAUUUUCCUUUGCGGCAGUGGCCAAAUCACAGAGCAAUGCUGAUCCUUCUAGCGGCACAAAUAUCUUUGGCAGUACCAGCGCAACGGCAGCAGUCAAGCCCGGCUUCAAUUUCGGAAGCCCGGCAACGCCAGGAAAUGUCACCAACGCAGCUCCAUCUCAAAGUUUCGGAAGCUUUAGUGCUGCAGCUUCAGCCUCUGACCCCAAGAACAAACCGUUUGCAUUUGGCGCCGCAGCUUCUAAUGCUGCAACUCCUGCGCCGCCUGGUGGCAUAGGUGGGUCUUUGUUUUCUUCUGCAUUGGCCGCUGCUCAAAAUCAACCGGAGACCAGGAGGGGUGGUUUCUCUUUUGGUAACAAGAGCGCCACUGUAGGUGCAGCGGCACCAUCGUCGAAUAGUAACGCACCGUUUGCUUUCGGCGGUGCUGCUUCGAAUGCCUCGUCAGCACCAACGCAGGGUGGUAUUGGGACAAAGCCAUUUAACUUUGGCGCCAGCAGUCAAGCGCCUGCGCCAUCCACACCUGCUAUGGGCAAUGGUGUGCCUCAUAUAUUUGGCAGUGGAGCGACACCUUCUGCGGCUUCCGGUGCUGCCUUUACCUUUGGUGGGCUAGCCCAAGGUGGUGCGCCCGCAGCUAGCCAGCCUGUUCCGGGAACACCCCAACAGAUGGGUGGUGGCGCCAUCAAUGGUAAUAAUUUGUUUGCACCACCGCCCACUACACCGGAAAACCGGCCUUUUCGACGGGCAACGCGACGCUUGCAGAAAUAGUGACAUUUUAAAUGCUAGUGUUAGAUUUUAGACAGACACGUAUAUUUGUAAAUUUUAAAAUGAAUACGAUCGCUAAUUAAAUAAAGAUUUGUUUACCAUCAAUAAGAUGUAAAUAUAAA